AAUGAAUUAAUACGUCACAAACAGUGUUGACAUUGACAUAUCAAGUUAUUUGAAAACACUUUUGGAGAAAAUCCUUAAAGAAUGCCUUUAAUUAUAAUAUGUGGCACACCAGUAAGUGGGAAAACCACAAGAGCAAAUGAGCUAAAAGAAUACUUUGUGAAUAAUCACAAUAAGAACGUAGAAAUUGUGUCUGAAGACGAAGCUAUAGUAAAGUUAGGUUAUGAGAAAAACACCACAUAUUUAGACUCACAGAAGGAGAAAAGGAUACGGGGAUAUCUUAAAUCAGAGGUUUUAAAGUUUAUUGGCAAGGAUAAUGUUGUGAUACUAGACGGCAGCAACUAUAUUAAAGGAUAUCGCUAUGAACUAUAUUGUGCAUCAAAAGCAUCAAAAUCAACACAAUGCACAGUUUACACAAUCAGAAGUCAUGAUGAUGCUUGGGAGGACAAUUUAAAAAGACAAAGGAAUGAGUUUAAUACAGACGGAAUUAAUAACAGUCCGUCAGAAGGCAAUAUUGAGAAUGUGAACAGUAUUCCUUAUACAGAGGAAGUGUUUAAUGCAUUGACAAGAUUAAGGUUUGAAGAGCCAAACUCCAACAACAGAUGGGACAGCCCCCUCUUUACUGUACAGCCAACAGACCAGCUCAACCUAGAAGAUGUGUAUAAAGUUCUAUUUGAAAAGAAACCACCGCCGCCUAAUAUGAGUACACAAAAUGCACCACUGACAUCAACGAACUUCAUGUACGAGCUCGACCAAGUCACACAGUCGAUAUCUAAACACAUAUUAGAAGCCAAAAAAAUGAACAUGGACGGUGAAGUCAAGUUUCCAGAUUACCCUGGAUGCAUUCUAGAGGCUGGAUACACACAGUUUGUAAACCCUCAGAGGCUGUUGAAGUUACGGAGACAAUUCUUAACAUAUGCUAAGAUGAAUCACUCAAAUGCCGACUCUAAUAAAAUAGGGAGGUUUUAUAUACAGUAUUUGAAUAAAACUUUAACGGAUUAG